AGCCAGGCGAGCUUCAUGCAGCGGCAGUUCGGGGCCAUGCUCCAGCCGGGCGUCAACAAGUUCUCGCUGCGGAUGUUCGGCUCGCAGAAGGCGGUGGAGCGCGAGCAGGAGCGCGUCAAGUCGGCCGGCGCCUGGAUCAUCCACCCCUACAGCGACUUCAGGUUCUACUGGGACUUCACCAUGCUCCUCUUCAUGGUGGGAAACUUGAUCAUCAUCCCCGUCGGGAUCACCUUCUUCAAAGAUGAGACCACGGCACCCUGGAUUGUGUUCAACGUGGUGUCUGACACCUUCUUCCUCAUGGACCUGGUGAUGAACUUCCGGACAGGCAUUGUCAUAGAGGACAACACCGAUAUCAUCCUGGAUCCUGAGAGGAUCAAGAAGAAGUACCUGAAGACGUGGUUCGUGGUGGACUUUGUUUCUUCCAUUCCUGUGGAUUAUAUCUUCCUCAUCGUGGAGAAGGGCAUCGAUUCGGAGGUCUACAAGACAGCCCGGGCUUUGCGCAUUGUCCGAUUCACCAAGAUCCUGAGUCUUCUACGACUGCUGCGCCUCUCGCGUCUCAUCCGCUACAUCCAUCAAUGGGAGGAGAUUUUCCAUAUGACGUAUGAUCUGGCUAGUGCUGUAAUGCGGAUCAUCAAUCUUAUCGGCAUGAUGCUUCUCCUGUGUCACUGGGACGGGUGCCUCCAGUUCCUUGUGCCGAUGCUCCAGGAUUUCCCGAGCGACUGCUGGGUUUCCAUCAAUGGCAUGGUGAAUGACUCUUGGAGCGAAAAGUAUUCCUUCGCCCUCUUCAAGUCCAUGAGCCACAUGUUGUGCAUUGGGUACGGCCGGCAGGCGCCAGAGAGCAUGACCGAUAUCUGGCUGACCAUGCUGAGCAUGAUCGUGGGGGCCACCUGUUAUGCCAUGUUCAUCGGGCAUGCCACAGCACUUAUCCAGUCUCUGGACUCCUCUCGGCGGCAGUAUCAGGAGAAGUACAAGCAAGUGGAGCAGUACAUGUCCUUUCACAAGCUGCCUGCAGACUUCCGGCAGAAGAUCCACGACUACUAUGAGCAUCGUUACCAAGGCAAGAUGUUUGAUGAGGACAGCAUCUUGGAGGAGCUGAAUGAACCUUUGCGAGAGGAGAUCGUCAACUUCAACUGCCGUAAGCUGGUGGCCACCAUGCCCCUCUUUGCCAACGCCGACCCCAACUUUGUCACUGCAAUGCUGACGAAGCUGAAGUUUGAAGUCUUCCAGCCAGCGGACUACAUCAUCCGGGAAGGGACGAUUGGCAAGAAGAUGUACUUCAUCCAGCAUGGCGUGGUCAGCGUCCUCACCAAGGGCAAUAAAGAGAUGAAGCUCUCGGACGGCUCCUACUUUGGAG